AUGAAAUCUGGUCAAAAGAAAUGGAAGAAAUUAAGGAAACUGACGGGAGUCGCGAGAAAUGGAGUCGCAGGAAUCGGGCUCCGUGGAAACGAAGGCCGAUGUAAACGGCUCAACGCGAUCUUACGAGCGCUGAACUAUUUCUGCACUCAUACGACUCUUCACGGUCUUCGAUUCGUCGUCGAUCCCGAGUUACACAUAAUCGGCCGACUCCUGUGGUUCGUCGUGUUCGUAGUGUCUUCUACAAUCGCCAGCAGCGUGAUUUACUCACUGGCUCUUAGGUUCCAGGCCGCGCCGACGUCGAUUGACAUCGAAUCGAUGCAUUACGAGACUUCGAAUCUACCCUUUCCGAGCGUGACCCUAUGUCCAAAUGACCGCGUCGACUGGGACCGAGCCCUCGAGCUUGAACCAAGGCUGUUCUCUAACGUUACGGACAAGGAAAGUGUCGAAACUUUUCGGAAAAUAUUGGGCAAGCUUUCCAUGAUGAGCUUCGGGGAUUUCGACGAUCUGGAUUUUCUGAAGGAACAGAGUGUUCAUCGUCUCGCGGACAUCAACAUCACUCAAGUGCUGCACGAGGUAAUGCCACGCUGCGACCAAUUACUGUCCGCCUGCUGGUGGCGCAACGCCAAUCGCAAUUGCUGCGAGAUCUUCGAGGUGCAGAAAACCGAAUACGGUUUCUGUUACUCGUUCAAUUCUGAAUUAGCGCAGACUGCCCCAGCGGAUCUCAUGGAAUCGCGGCCGCGAAGAGCGUCUGGCUAUGGCGAUUGGAGCGGCGUCAAGGUUACGAUUCAUCUGGGAAAUAUAAAGAAGCCGCCAAAUUCCGAGGAGAUCGAUGGCGUCGUAGUGAUAAUAAACGGGCCUCGUGUCUGGCCCAACAGCGGCACCAUGAUACCGUCGGGUUCCUUGAUCAGCGUGUCUCUGGAAUGCGUUUCCGGACACGCCACCCAGCGAGUCCUCGAGCUGGACCAGGACAAGCAACCGUGCCGAUACGACGAGACCGGUGUGUACAACCAGGAGACCUGCCUGUCGCUUUGCAAACGUCACUGGGUCGCCAGGCAUUGCGGCUGCAAUCCGUCUUUUCUGUUCCCCUCGACCAGCCGUUUUCGCGACUGCACCAUCGAGGAUUUCAUCUGCCUCGCCGCUUACAAUGAUCUGUUCAACGACUACAUCGUUCACUUUGGCGACGAGUACCCGCGCGACAUUCCUAGCAUGAUUUGCAGCUGCUUACCGGAAUGCGACUACUACGUCUACGGUACCCAGUUUUCUAACGUGCCACUACAUAACAUGAAUGACAUUAUGCUGGACGUGCAUUACAUCGGGCAAACUAGUUUUCGCUAUAAAACGGACAUAGUUAUCACACAAAUGGACCUUCUCGUGUCUUUCGGCGGCAUAAUCGGCUUGUUCCUGGGCGGCUCGCUGCUCAGUGCCGUUGAGAUAGUUUAUUAUCUGACGGUGGCGGUAUUUUCGUCUCUGCGGUCGCGACAGAGGACCGAAGGGAAGCCGAGGGCCCGAUCGAGCGUUACGCACGUCCACGCCACGGUGCUGCCCAUCCUGGAUUACAACCUUUUGAAACCGCAGGCGAAGAGGAUACCGAUUUUCGCGAAUUACGGCCUCGCGGAAUUGAAUUUGAAUAGAUAUUGA